CCUGCUGCACCACCACAAAAGCCUUCCUUUAUACCAUCAUACCAUAGAGCUGUAAAAGCAAAGCUGAAUGUGAUCAAAAGCGCCCAUCUCAUUCCAUUCCAUUCCCCCAACAGCACAAAAGUCCACCAUAUACUAUAGUAUUGCUAAGAAGAGAAAGCAGCUGCUCAUAUCCAAAUCAUUCAUAGGACACCCCUCUCAAGUUAUUCCCCAUGAGAACUCUUAUUUCUUAAUUUGCUUGGCAGAUUCUUCCCAUUCGACUAGAAGUUAUCCUGGAACACAGCCAACAUUGUGCAGAGAGUUAGAAGGCAUUGGUUCCUUCUGUUCUUUUUGUUCAUUCUUUAGUGCAGAUAGGUUUCUUUUAUCUGCUUGUAAUGCCAGUAUUUAAGGUGAGGUAGACCUUUGAAGGAAGGGAUGACUUCCUUAUCAGUAUGAGAUGAUAGUGAGAGACAUCAAGAAAUUUUAGCUAUUCGUCUCCUGUCUUUGUUAGCAUAGGAAUAACAUUUGUUGUUUUAGUUCGCUCUUUUUCUAUUGAAGAGGUUCAUCUCUGCUGCUUCAUCUUUCCUUUGUGUUGUUUUCCGUCGAGGGGAGACUAAAUUGACUAGCAUCAAUGCUACUGUUUGGAAGAAAAAGACUGCUUGCUGUGUUGGGAAGUUGUACUGUUCUUUUGUUUCUCACUCCAACUCAGUGUGCUUCAAGCAGCCCUGAUAGUUUAAAUCAGAGUUACAAGACUGUCCAGCCUCUGGAGCUCACACCCAAACUCUCCCUUCAACUCAAGCUCCAUGCCUUCCUGCUCUGGUCUUCAGUUGGCUUCUUGAUGCCAUUAGGAGUGCUGCUAAUCAGAAUCACAAGCAAUGUGAAAAGCACCAAUAGCAUCAAGAUUCUUUUCUACUCCCAUGUCGCUUCACAGAUUGUUGCUGUCAUUCUUGCUACUGCUGGCGCAGUCCUGUCGAUAAGUAACUUCGAGAAUGCAUUCAACAACACACACCAGAGAAUAGGAUUGGUACUGUACGGCUUCAUUUGGCUUCAGCCACUCAUCGGCUUCUUGCGGCCAGACAGAGGUGUGAAAUUCAGGAGCGUCUGGUACUUGGCUCACUGGCUUCUCGGCAUCGGGAUCUGCGUGGUGGGCGUUGCAAACGUAUACAUCGGCAUCCACACGUACCAUGAGAGGACGGGGAGGAGCGUGAGGCCGUGGACGGUGCUCCUCACCGUGGAGGUGUCGGCGAUGGCGUUCGUCUACCUCUUCCAGGACAGGUGGAACCACGUCGUGCGGCAGCAGCAAGAAGCGGCCGCCCUUGGAGACGACGACGAGCAGUCGGAGGAGCACGCGUACCCUGCCAACGAUCACAAGGAGGUGGUGCCGUAGUGAGAAAAAAAAACAGUAGAAAUCAUAAAUGUAUUGAUUUGAGAGAGCUUGUGCUGAAGAGCUCUCAUCUGUACAGUUGCUCUGCUCGAGUGGAGAGCGGUAGAAGAGGAUCUCUGAUACAUUCGCCUUGCU